AGGGGGAGAAGAGAGGCCGCGGUCCUAGCUGAGAGGGAGGGAGAGAGAGAAGAGAGCGGUGGGAGGACACGGUCAGGGCUCCACGUCCUGCUUCUCCUCCUCGGUGCGCACACGGGGGUGGCGAAGAGCCAGAGCGGCGAAGCAGGUUGCUGAAUUCCUCCACCUCUACCCCUGUUUUGUUUCUUCUCUCUUCCCCGGAGCGGACGCAGAACGAAGCCUGGGACUAUGGAGGAUGUGUACCCCUACAGCCGCAGCCCAGUCUGGGAGGAACUGGAGCCGGAGAAAGGGGCCGUGUCGUCCGCGGCGGGGGUGCAUGCCCAUGUGGUGGGCGCUGUCGCCGGCAGCGGGGCUGCGGACGAGUCCUCCGACAGCGAGGCAGAGCAGGAAGGCCCCCAGAAGCUGAUCCGGAAAGUGUCCACCUCUGGACAGAUCAGGAGCAAGACCAGCAUAAAGGAAGGAUUGUUGCUGAAACAGACGAGCUCCUUCCAGAGGUGGAAAAAGCGCUACUUCAAACUGAGAGGCCGAACUCUUUACUACGCCAAAGAUGCCAAGUCUGGCAGCGCCUUGGCGCGGUGGCAGGAGCGGGCGCUGCGCAGGGUGUCCAGGAGCCGCGUGUGCUGGCGAGUCAUGUCCGUGUGCUGGACGGGCGCACGGCGCUCCCCCCCACCUCUUGGUGCCAGUGGAUCUGAGGAGGGCCUAGUGAGAAUUCGGUCCCUUAUCUUCGAUGAGGUGGAUCUAUCAGAUGCCAGUGUUGCAGAGUCCAGCACAAAGAAUGUCAACAACAGCUUCACGGUGAUCACCCCGUUCCGUAGGCUCAUCCUCUGCGCCGAGAACAGGAAAGAGAUGGAGGACUGGAUCAGUUCGCUCAAGUCCGUCCAGUCCAGGGAGCAUUACGAGACGGCACAGUUUAAUGUGGAACAUUUCUCAGGGAUGCACAACUGGUACGCCUGCUCCCACGCACGGCCCACCUUCUGCAACGUCUGUAAAGACAGCUUGUCUGGGGUCACAUCUCAUGGCCUCUCCUGCGAAGUGUGCAAGUUCAAAGCCCACAAACGCUGUGCCGUAAGAGCCACUAACAACUGCAAAUGGACGACCUUGGCCUCUAUAGGCAAGGACAUCAUUGAAGAUGAGGAUGGGAUUGCCAUGCCUCAUCAGUGGUUGGAGGGCAACCUGCCUGUCAGUGCCAAAUGUGCCGUGUGUGAUAAGACAUGUGGCAGCGUGCUAAGGCUGCAGGACUGGCGCUGCCUCUGGUGCAAAGCCAUGGUGCAUACAGCCUGUAUGGACCUGUACCCUCGCAAGUGUCCUCUGGGUCAAUGCAAAGUCUCCAUCAUUCCCCCCACGGCGCUCAACAGCAUCGAUUCAGAUGGCUUCUGGAAGGCCACCUGUCCCCCGUCGUGUGCCAGUCCCCUCCUGGUCUUCGUCAACUCGAAAAGCGGCGACAACCAGGGGGUGAAGUUCCUGCGACGCUUCAAGCAGCUUCUCAACCCGGCACAAGUCUUUGACCUGGUCAACGGGGGUCCACACCUCGGCCUGCGUCUGUUCCAGAAGUUUGACAACUUUCGGAUCCUGGUGUGUGGCGGCGACGGCAGCGUGGGAUGGGUCCUGUCAGAGAUAGACAAACUCAACCUCCACAAGCAGUGCCAGCUGGGGGUGUUGCCCCUCGGCACCGGCAACGAUCUGGCCCGGGUGCUGGGCUGGGGCCCUUCGUGCGACGACGACACCCAGCUGCCCCAGAUCCUGGAGAAGCUGGAGCGGGCCAGCACCAAGAUGCUGGACCGCUGGAGCAUCAUGACCUACGAGAUCAAGAUCCCACCCAAACACAGCUACCCCACCACGCCCGAGGGAGCCGACGACUGCCAGUUUCACAUUUCAGCGUAUGAACACUCAGUGACCACUCACCUCACAAAGAUCCUCAACUCAGAGCAGCACUCUGUGGUCAUCUCCUCUGCCAAGAUUCUGUGCGAAACUGUGAAGGAUUUUAUUGCCAAAGUGGGGAAAGCGUAUGAAAAAAGCACAGAGAACGUUGAGGAAUGCGACUCCAUGUCUCUCAAAUGUGCCAUCCUGAACGAGAAGCUGGACUCCCUCCUGCAGACGCUGAACGCAGAGUGCCAGUCCCUGCCGCCGCUUCCCCACUGCACCCCUCCGAUCGUGGAAGAAGAACAAGAGGAGGAAGAAGAGGAAGAGGAGGAGGAGGAGGAGGCCAGCGAGGAGAGCUUAACGGAGCUCAAGGGGAAGCUGGAGGAGGAGGAGACGGAGAAGGGGCGCGGGGGCAGCGGGCCCCCCCAGCAGCUGUUUAAAAGCCGGGAGCAGCUGAUGCUCAGGGCCAACAGUCUGAAGAAAGCCGUCCGGCAAAUCAUAGACCAGGCUGUGAGAGUGGUGGACGAGCAGAACGCCCACACGGAUGACACGGAGCUUCCGUCGCCGCUGGAGUUCAGGAAGGACAGCGAGGACGAGAACAGGGACAGCGAGAAGGACGAGGACACCAAGGAACUGGAGGCGGUGUCGUCCGCCAGGAGCCCCUGUUCCCCGACAGAGAGCAGGGUGAGCCGCAGCACCCAGUCGUACGGCCCCUUCACCAUCACCCCCUUCACCACCAGCAAGGAGAACCUCCCCGUGCUCAACACACGCAUCAUCUGCCCUG